UUCAUAGUUUCCUGGUAACCAUUCAGUCAUCUAUUUCAACACCCUGACAUGACAUAAAAGCGAGCGCUGAACCACACGUUUGCCACACGGACACACACCUCUGUCCUUGAACGUUCGCUAGGUAAGGCGCCCCCUCGGACCACACAGCCCCACUCAUGAACGGGCACCACCAGCAGAGCCAUUUUCUGGAAAUAGACAAGAAGAACUGCUGUGUGUUCCGAGACGACUUCAUCGCCAACGUGCUGCCGCCGGUGGUGGGGCUGGAGUUUGUGUUCGGGCUCCUGGGCAAUGGCCUCGCCUUGUGGAUUUUCUGCUUCCAUCUCAAGUCCUGGAAAUCCAGCCGGAUUUUCCUGUUCAACCUGGCCGUGGCUGACUUUCUCCUAAUCAUUUGCCUGCCAUUCCUGACGGACAACUAUGUGAGGAAGUGGGACUGGAGGUUUGGGGACAUCCCUUGCCGGCUGAUGCUCUUCAUGUUGGCCAUGAACCGCCAGGGCAGCAUCAUCUUCCUCACGGUGGUGGCCGUGGAUAGGUAUUUCCGGGUGGUCCAUCCCCACCAUGCCCUGAACAAGAUCUCCAACCGGACAGCGGCCAUCAUCUCUUGCCUCCUGUGGGGCGUCACCAUCGGCCUGACGGUGCACCUGCUGCGCAAACAGAUGCUGAUCCGCAACGGCCCCGCGAAUCUGUGCAGCAGCUUCAGCAUCUGCAACACCUUCCGGUGGCACGACGCCAUGUUCCUGCUGGAGUUCUUCCUGCCCCUGGCCAUCAUCCUGUUCUGCUCAGCCAGGAUCAUCUGGAGCCUGCGGCAGAGACAGAUGGACAGGCACGCCAAGAUCAAGAGAGCCAUCAACUUCAUCUUGGUGGUGGCCAUUGUCUUCGUCAUCUGCUUCCUUCCCAGCGUGGCUGUGCGGAUCCGCAUUUUCUGGCUGCUGCGCACGAAGGGGACACAGAACUGUGAGGUGUACCGCUCGGUGGACCUGGCGUUCUUCAUCACCCUCAGCUUCACCUACAUGAACAGCAUGCUGGACCCCGUGGUGUACUAUUUCUCCAGCCCAUCCUUUCCCAACUUCUUCUCCACUUUGAUCAACCGCUGCCUCCGAAAGAAACCCUCAGGUGAGCCGGACAGUAACCGGAGCACCAGCGUGGAGCUCACAGGGGACCCAAACCCUGCGAGAAACGUUCCGGAUGCCUUAAUGGCCGACCCCCAGUGAGCCGUGGAGCCCCUCUUAUCUGGGCCCAACCUCUCGCUAAAUAACCACACCAAGAAAGGAGAUUGUCACAGAGAACCAAGAUCUCUGGAGAAACAGCUGGGCUGUUGCACAGAGUGACAUCACUGGACUUGGCCUAAGGUUCCCCAGAACUUCCAGAUUCGGAGAAUCAGAUUUAGAGAAGCAGUGUGGCAGAGUGGGCGACCGGGUGCAAGGUGUGACCACAGAAAUCUUGGGGGAGCAGAGAGUAAACCUUCUAGGCGUCUGAAACUUUUGCUUAAUCUCUGACGCUCUCGGGACUAAAGAUGAGCAAGUUGUCAACACUUCUGUUGAGCAGAGUGGGAGCCACAGAGCCGCCCAUCGGGACCUGUGACUGGCUGGGCUCCUUCCUUCACCCACCUGAGCCCUGGACGGCUCUCCACUCCUGGGGCGCUGUCUAGCCUGUUUGUGGGCUCCAGCCGGAAUCAGGAGAGCUAGGAGAUGCGAGGGGAGUUAUGCUGCUCCUCGAGGGAGCCCAGGCAUCAUCAACCAAGCCCAUAGGUCACCUGAGAUCCGGGGACCAAUUCAUCUUUCAGCCAAGCUUUAGCAGAAAUGGAUUUGGCAAAGAGAUUCUUAAGCUUUGGUUAAUGUCUGAGCUUCCAGUGGUGGUAAAUUAGCCCUGGGAGGGACUGAGCUGAACAGUGUCAUUAAGGGAAAGAAAAUGAUAUUGGUGCUACUACCAGCAACUAAUCCAUUCCUCUCUUGUUUACACUAAUUUUAAGGUUGAGCAGUUAAAAAGGCUUUGGGGAAGAAACCUGCUUCCCACCUGUUUGCUUUUAUUAUUAAAAGGGACGUGUGCUGCCGCCCCGAUAGUUAAAGGGGGAAGAGUCCUCCUGGUUUG